AUGCAAGUCUUAAUUAAUUCAAUCUAUGAAUCAGCUGGAGAUACCAGAAUUGAAUUAAUUAACUUAAUGCAAGACGACAUCAAGGCAAAGAAGGGAAUUGUUCUUGGUGACUUAAGCAGAAUAUUUAUUAUGAUAAAUCAAAUGCUCAUUGAUACAAAUAAAUAGGUGAUCUUAGCUACUCAUGGAUUAUUAUCAUCUGUAUCUCUAUUAACUUAAUAUAUUAAGCUAAUUGAUUAUUUAUUACCUGCUGAAUUAGAAGGAGGUUUAAAACACUUUGAAAAUUAGCUUAUUCAUAAUCUGGCUGAUAGUGAUAGAUAGAUAAGGAAAUCAACUAAAUCUAUUUUCCUUAAAUUUAUAGCUAAGACUAGAAACUCAGAAUAAGUUUUAGAACUAUUAAGUGAUUCCUUUAAAAAUAAAAAUUUUUACAUAAGGGAAAGAUCUAUAAAUUUAAUUCCGGAUAUUUUUAUAGCAGAUAAGUCAAUAUUUUGCAAUAGAACUGGGUAGACUUGUAAAUUAAUUUAGAAUUAAUGAAGUGAGAAAAGUUAUUGAAUCUAUAAUAAUUCAUUUAAACGAUGUUAAUGAAUCAGUUAGAAAAGCAAGUAAGAAAGUGAUAUAGAAUCUUAAGAAUAUAGAGAAUUUCGAAUUAGUUUAUAGAAGAUUAGCAGUUUAACAUCAAAAUGUAGUUGAUAAAAUACAAUAAGAAAUGCCGCCAAAGGUUGAUAAGUUUAUUGAAUUGAAUUUUAAAAUCUAAGAACAUAAAGAUCCAUUGUUUGAUUAGUUUGUGCCUUUUGAAUUUAUAGCAAAAACAAAUUUAACAAUAGAUGAUUUUCCUUAAGACUUAAAGACAUAAUUAUAUUUUGGCUUUUUGCCAAAGGAAAUAUUGUAGGAUACUUUGAAUCAAAAAGAUUUAGCUAUUAGAGAAAAAGGAAUAACAGAAUUAAAUAUGCAAUUUUUUGAGGAUGAGGGUGAAUCAUAAAAUUAUGAGUAAAAAACUGUAGAUAAAAUAGUAAAGGGAAGCUUUAUGCCAUCAUUUUUCAAAUAUAUAUCUUCAUUGUUCUUUAGUGAAGAUAAGAAAAUAAUAUUGAUGAUCUUAAAUAUAAUAGGAAAAAUUAUGUAAGUACCAGGAGUUUAAGUAAAUGUUUAUUUACCACUUUGUUUGCCAGGAUUAGUUUAGUGUCUUAAAGAUGAAAGAGUAAUAAUCAGAUAAAAAGCAUUAUUUUUGUUAAGGAAAUUAACAAAUUAUAUUAGCAAGAAAUAAUAUUUUUAAAAUUUAAUAUAUUUCUUAGAAUAAAAGAUGGAUAAUUGGCAUCAAAAAGAAGAACUAAUAAAUUUAGUUUCUUAUUUGAUAUUGAUGAUUCAUCCAAGUGAAUAAUGGUUUUAUGGAAUUGAUUGGAAAGAAAUGAAUAUAAAAUAAGAAAAAUAAAUUGAAGAAUUAUCAUUUAAUCUAAGAGAAGUUGAUUUUAAAAAUAGUUUGAUUACUAUUGCUUCUUAUUUAAAUGAUUCUAUAGCUAAAGUUAAGUAUGCCUCUUUGGAAUGUCUUAGUUUAUUAGCAUAUUUAGAUAAGAAACAUUUGGAAUAUUUACAUGAAAUUCUUAAUAAUAAAGUCUAUGAAAAGUUAAAUGAUAAAGUAGAUAAUGGAAUUGUAUAUUUUAUAAAUGAUAAUGGCAAUUUAGAAUUACCUUAAUUUAAUAUCAAAAAAUUAGAGGAACAAAAAAUAUAAUCAUAAAUUAAAUUGUCAAUGGUUUAAUCUAUAUAAAGUGAACCCAAACCUUAAACUCCAGUAGAAUCAGAAAAAUCAGAAGAGAGUCGUUAUAAAAUUACAUAUUAUUAUGAUAAAUUUCAAAUGUCUUUAAAUGAUAAAAUCAUUAAAUCUAAUGCUUCAAUAGAUAGUUUAUUUGCUUCAGAACAUAAAAAUAAUCAAGGAACUAAAUAUGAUAUGAUAAUUCCAUUAGGAUAAUUUUAAUAAACAAAAGCCAAUGAAUAAUUCAAAUUAGUCAAUUCUAAUUUAUAUAUAGAAAAGGAAAAAGUUGAUGAUAAUCCAUAUGAAGAUGAAAUUAUGCAUUCUGAUGAAGAUGAAUUAUAAUCUAUUGAAUUUGAAUAUCCAACACGUACUCUUAAAUAUAGAGGCCAUGCUCCAGAUCAAAUUACAAAAUCUAAAUAUUAACCUAUUGAUGAUAUAAAGUCAAGAGUAUUUCAUACAAUUAAAUAAUUAAAUGAGGACAUCAAUGUAGAUCUACAAAUACCUAAAGUAAUUAAGGCUAAUGUAGGAGCCUAUUCUGGAUAUAAAUAUGAAGAUGAAGAAGAAGCAGAUGAUGAAGAAAUAUUUAUUGAUACAAAACUAAUAAAAUAAUAGCAUAGAUAAACAUAACCUACAUAAGAAGAAUCAAUAAUAAAUGAUGAAAAAGUAAUGAAAGAAAAUUAUGCAGAUAAUUAAAUAGAAUAAGUUUAAGAAAUUAUAAAGAAUUAAUAAUUAAUUUAUACACCAGAAUAACGAUAUUAAAAAAGAUUAGAUGAAUUUUUAUUAUCUUUUGAAUAAAGAGAUAGUAAAAAUAAAGGAAAAAAUGCAAGAAAAUUAAAGAAGAAACUAAAAGAAAUUGCAAAAUAAGAAGAAUUACCUAAAGUAUUUGAUAUGCCUGUAUUUAUUGAUAAUGCUAGAGCAGAAACUGCAGCUUUAUUGAUAAAUUUAUCUUCAUUAAAUUUAGAUUUAUUAGCAGUGUCUCUACAUAAAUUUAGAGUUUUACUUUAAAAUCAUUUAUCUGAUGUAUAUGCUUCUUAAGUUCCAUUGUUAUAAAUUGUUAAUGAUGUAUGCAGAAUAUUAUCAACAUAAAGUGAUAAUCCACUUUAUGCUAUUGAUUACUCAUAAUACAAAAAGAAUAUACCUCCUUAGAUAGUUGUUAGAAAAAUAGUUUUUAUUGCUCUUUAGACUUUGAGUGUGGCUGUUUAAACAUUAAGAAGUACAUUAAUUUAAGUUUAAAAAAUGUUUACUGUUUGUGGAGUUUGGCUUUAGGAUGAUAAUAAAUAAAUUAGUCAAUAAGCUGAGCAAACUAUGCUUGACAUAUUGAGAUUUUGUGAUGAUUCUUAAUUGUAGAAUAUAUUACCUAAUUUAUAUAAUAAAUAAUCUUUUAAUAGUAAAAUAUAUGUUGGUGUACUUAUUGAACAUUUAGUAAUAAAAUAUCAAAGAGAAAUUUUUAAGUCAGUCCAUUUUAAUAAUAUUAUCUAAUUAAUAUCUUAGAUGGUCAUUGAUUAAUCAUUUGAUGUUAGAAGAAUUGGAAAAAAAGUAUUUUUUAAAAUUUUAACUCUUGGAAAAUAUCAAAUUGAAGAAAUUGUUAUGUAAAUGCAUUAAUAAGAAAAGAAUUAAAUGAAAGAAUUAAUGUAGAGAUAUGAUGAAUUAGUUACUGAUCAUUAAAUUGGAAUUUUUGAUUAAGAAGAGUAUAUGGGAUUAUAGGUAAUGCCUUAAAAAUUCAAUUUUGAAUAUGAAAUGAUAGAUGACUAAAUAUUUAUGAAAUGA